AUGGAAAUAAAAUCUGUACUCUGUAAUAAUAGUAGUAGUAAUAGUAAUAACAACAUACUCAAUAAUGAUAUACAACAACUUGUGGACAAUGAUGAUAAUGAAGAUCUUUUAACAAAUCAACCCAUUGAAUUAAUACUUUAUAUCAUAUCAAUGUGUAAUCCAUUUGAUAUUAUCAAUUCAAUAUCAAGAGUAUCUAGGUUACUCUAUAGAUGUAGUAGAAAUAAUUCAUUGUGGAAGAUGAUUGCAUUGAAUCAUAUGAUCCCUGAUCAAAUGAAUAGAAUCCCCAUACCAAACUAUUCCAAUACUGGUAAUUCAUCGUCGUCAUCAUCAUCAUUGUUUGAUCAACUAUCAAAACAAUACCAACCAGAUAUCAAUUGGUUAAAUUAUUUUGUAGAAAAUGUAUCAUUAAAUCAAAACGAUUCAAUGAUGUGGUCUAAAAGAACACCAACAACUAAAACAUUGCAAAGAUAUUGUCAUACAUCGACAACGAUAAUCUCCUCUGAGGAAAAAGGUAAAACAAAGUUUAUGGUGAUUGGUGGUAGUGAUUGUGAUACUGCUGUUGCAAAGUCGGAUAUUAUCAUUGUUGAUCCUUUGGAACCAACAUUUAAAAUGAAUCAACCAAUCAUUAAAAAAGAGGUAUCGGAUCAUUGUUUUGUAGAAAUGGCAGAGUUGGACAUUGGCAUUUGUAGACAUACAGCCGAUUAUAUACCUGGGGUUGGUGUAUUUGUAUUUGGUGGAUUACGUACCAUUUCUAAAAAUUCUUGUGUGUUUUUAUCUCUUCCUCGUCAUACCAUUAAAUCAAACUCUAUGGAUCUAAUGAUUUAUCAAUCCAACAAAGAUGAUGGUGUGGAUCGCAUUAUUUGGAAACCAUUAAAAACUACUGGAACUAUUCCAUCUUCUCGUUCUGAUCAUACUUCAACUGUCAUUGGAAAGGAUAUAUAUAUUUUUGGUGGAUCAGAUGAAUCAAUUAAACCUUUAAAUGAUUUAUAUGUUUUUCAUACAGAUACUAUGGUUUGGGAAAAGAUUGAAUGUUUAUCACCACCUUCACCGAGAUCAGGCCAUUCAAUGAUAUCUGUUGGAAAAACUAUUUAUAUCUAUGGUGGAGGUGUAUGGGAUCGAAUUAAAAGUUGGGUCAAUAGAAAUAGUCAACUCUUUAAAUUAGAGAUUGACGACCAUGUUGGUCAUGACAGUUGUUGUAUUUUAGAAUGGAAAGAAAUUAAAUGUUACAAAUCCCCAACAAUGACAACCUUUUCUUCAUUUUUCGCCGUUGGACAUCAUAUAUUUUUAUUGUUUGGUGGAUGUUAUAAUAGUUUUUUGACAGAUUCCAAAUACUACCUUGACACAAUCACCAAUAUAUGGCAUCCAUUAAAAGGAAUCAACUCUCCAUCAAAUAAGAACUGUGCAGGUUUAUGUACAUUGGGUAACAAAAUAUAUUUUAUUGGUGGUUCAAACGGAUCGGUUCAUGUUGAUAUUUUAGAAAUAGUAAAGUUGAUCGGAUUAGCUAUUGAUUACUUUUUGUCAUGGAUUAGUAAAUCAAAGUCAUAUUCUGAAAUUAUGAUUAAAGGUGGAUAA